AUGACCAAAUUAUUCAUCACCGGUGUCACGGGUUACGUCGGUGGCGACUGCCUAGCCACGCUUGUUGCCAACCACCCGGAGUUCUCAUAUUGCGCUGUUGUUCGCACCACCGAAAGGGCAGAACAGGUGACAGCCCAAUACCCAUUUGUCCGCAUCGUAAUCGGAGACCUGGACGACUCAGCCUUGCUGGAGCGAGAAAGUGCCGCCGCAGACAUCGUGCUGCACACUGCAGAUUCGUCAGACCACGUGGGAGCCGCAAAAGCCAUAAUUGCCGGUCUGGUAGCCGGUCAUACCAAGGAAACUCCAGGCUACUUGCUACAUACCGGGGGAACCGGCAUCCUGACAUGGGAGGACAGCGACAAGAACGAAUACGGAAAUAAAAGCGAGCAUGUGUACAAUGACUGGGAUGGAGUGGAUGAAUUACUCAAUCUGCCAGACCACGCAUUUCACCGGAAUGUUGACCAGCUCGUCCUCGAAGCUGGAACCCAGCACGCCGAUGUGCUCAAGACGGCACUCGUUUGUCCGCCUACUAUCUACGGCAAAGGACGUGGUCCAAUUAACCAACAUUCGCGCCAGGUAUACGUUUUAGCGAACAUGACACUAUGUCGCCAGAAGGGACCGAUAAUCGGCGCCGGCCAGUCAAUUUCAAAUCACGUCCACAUCCACGACCUGACUGAUGUCUAUGCUCUGCUCAUCGACGCGGCCAUUGCAGGCCGAACUGAUGACGGGCUCUGGGGUCCUAGGGCUUACUACUUUGCCGAGAACGGCGAACACUGCUGGGGUGAGCUAGCUCAAGCUACAGUAGAGGCAGCCGCGAAACUGGGGUACCUUCCCGAGGCGAAAACCGAGCCACUCGACCCCGAGAGCGCCAAGAAACAUGCAGGAUAUGAAUCUCUCAGUUGGGGGAUGAACUCUCGUGGUCGCGCACAGCGGGCACGCGAGAUCCUGGCAUGGAAUCCUUCACGGCCCAGUCUAUUGGAUGAACUACCGGGGAUUGUUCGCGUCGAGUGGCAGCGACUACAAAAUGCCUCCUAA